AGCAUUUCCAAAACGUGGGUGAGAAACACUGGACACAGAGAUAUAUACUGUUCUGAAGAGACAGGAAUCUUUGAGAGAGGGGUUGUAGUAUAACACACAGAGAAAGGGAGAGGCACAGAGGUGAUUCAGAGACAGAGACAGAGAGAGGGAGAGGGGUCUUUCUAGCAAUUCACUAAUCAACUCUUUGGAAUUAAUUAGGAGUUCACUUUGUAUUGAUUGAUUGAUGAUUUCUUUGGCUUUGUCCCGAACUUUGACAAUUUGGAAAGAUGCAGCUGGAAUCGCUGGCAACAUCUUUGCUUUUGGACUGUUUGUGUCACCAAUACCCACGUUUAGGAGGAUUAUCAGAAACAAGUCAACAGAACAGUUCUCAGGCUUGCCAUAUAUAUACGCCCUCUUGAAUUGCUUGAUAUGUGCCUGGUAUGGCACACCUCUCGUAUCUUUGGAUAAUCUAUUUGUUACCACAGUCAACUCUGUUGGUGCAGUUUUUCAAAUUACCUACAUAACCAUGUUCAUAACAUACGCCGAGAAAGAAAAUAAGCUAAGGAUGCUUGGUUUGCUGCUGGCAGAUCUUAGCAUAUUUGCAAUUGUACUUGUCGGGAGCUUGCAUUUAAGUGACCUCACAACACGCCAUAUUUUCAUUGGGUUUCUAAGCGGUGCUUCUCUUGUAUCAAUGUUUGCUUCUCCAUUGUUUGUGAUUAAUGUGGUGAUCCGGACAAGGAGUGUUGAAUUUAUGCCGUUUUAUCUUUCCCUUUCAACUUUCCUGAUGAGUACCAGUUUCUUCUUGUAUGGAAUUUUAAAUGGCGAUCCCUUCAUAUGUGUGCCUAAUGGAAUAGGUACCAUUUUGGGGAUUGUACAAUUGGCUUUGUUCUUUUACUACAAAAAUGCAUCUGGAGAAGUCUCCAGAGAACCCUUGAUAAUCUCAUCGACAUAAAACGGUCCAUGGGCUAAGUAAAGUUCUCUUUUUGGCUUGGUGCAGAGUUGGUUAGUACACUUGGUCAUUCUAUCAUUCAACUCAAAUGGAAACAGAAAAUGCUUACUUAAGAUGUCUUGAUUGUUGAAAGUGUGUCACUGAUCCGCAAAAGUUUGUUACAGCAGCAUUUACAUAAAGAACCAAAGCUCAAAAUCUCCCAUGGCAGACAAAAUAUGGACUGAACUCACCAAAAUGCUCUUUUGAUACAAGUAGAGGGAACAAGUGAAGGCUGGAAGGUAAUUACAGAAAAUCUCUCAGCGUAGUUCUCACAAUCGUGGUCGUGAUUUCCUGGAGGCAUAGAAAGUAUGUUAGUUUAAGAUAUACUAAUACAAGAAAAUAAAGGAGCUUGUGUAAAAUUUGAAGCUCUUUUGUAUGACAUUAAAAAAUGAGACAAAGCAAAAAAACCGAAGGUAAGGCUGCCUAACUAUUACCUCUUUUAGACCGUGCUAUGAAGUGAGUGAUACGCACAAGGUACCGCCUUUUUAGUCAAAAAUAUCAUUGAUGAGAUCUUUAAUGAAACUUUCAAUGUGGUAUGCUAUUUAGCUAUUUACAUAUAUGAAGACUAUGUUAUUUGGAAGAGCUGUAUCGUUGUUUCAGUGGCAUGUUUGCAUUUUGUGAAUUUUAGGUAACAUGUAAACAAUGGACUGAUCUCGCAUUUAUACACUCUUUGUGACUAAUAUACUAGCUAUUUGGUGCAA